AUACACUUUAAUACAUCCUGUGUCAGCGUUGCGAUUCAGUCUCAGCUACCUAUUGAACAUGAAGGCCUCUCUUUUUGUCGGCUCUCUUAUCGCGAGCUCUGCUGCCGCGUAUAAGGCUACCACCACCCGCUAUUAUGACGGGCAAGAGGGCGCAUGUGGCUGCGGCGGUGCGAAUGGCGGCGCCGCUUUCUCCUGGCAGCUUGGCAUCAGCAGCGGAGUUUACACAGCUGCCGGUUCCCAGGCUCUCUACGACACGGCCGGUGCUUCGUGGUGUGGCGCGGGCUGCGGCAAAUGCUACAACUUGACCUCGACGGGAGAGCCGCCUUGCACUUCCUGCGGUACGGGCGGCGUUGCGGGCCAGAGCAUCAUUGUAAUGGUCACAAACCUGUGUCCUAACAAUGGAAACGCGCAGUGGUGCCCAACAGUCGGAGGCACCAACCAGUACGGCUACAGCUACCACUUCGACAUUAUGGCACAGAACGAGAUAUUUGGAGACAACGUGGUUGUUGAUUUCGAGCCAGUCGCUUGCCCAGGCCAGGCUACAUCUGACUGGCAACAAUGCCUCUGUGUCGGAAUGCAAGAGACGGACACCACGCCUGUUCUAGGAGGCGGCUCGUCUCCGCCGCCCGGCAGCAGCUCAAGCCGGCCGCCAGCAUCAGCAACAUCGUCAGCACCAACUGGCAGUGGGACACAAUCACUCUAUGGCCAGUGUGGAGGCACUGGUUGGGCAGGCCCUACAGCUUGUGCGCCCCCAGCCACCUGUAAAGUGCUGAACCAGUACUACUCCCAGUGCCUUGACUGAGUAAAGACAACAACAAAUCGUGAGAAUUGAAUGGGCAUUUGCAUAUAUGAAUCUCAGUAUAUACUAGAUGAGUAAAGACGAUGAAUAUAAAUAAUCUUGGCGGAAAAGUAUGCUUAAAAA